AGCCCUAUUGAAGUCCAUGGAAGCUGAGCUUCAACAGGGAAAUGCACUGUUGCGCUACGGGAGUGUAUGAUAAGGAAAUCAGUCAGUUGACCAGCUAAUCAGCUAAUCGUUUGUGAUCUACAACUUCCUCAGCCUGUGUUAUGAGUACCUGGGAGGGGAGAGUGCCAUCAUGGCUGAGAUCAGAGGAAAGCCCAUUGAGUCCAGCUGUGUGUACGGCACCUGUUGUCUCUGGGGAAGGACCUACUCCAUUGGCUUCCUCCGCUUCUGCAAACAGGCCACCCUCCAGUUCUGUGUGGUCAAGCCCCUGAUGGCCAUGAUCACAGUCAUCCUGCAGGCCUUUGGGAAGUACAGAGACGGAGACUUCAAUGUGUCAGGUGGUUACCUGUACGUGACCAUCAUCUACAACGUCUCGGUCAGCCUGUCCCUCUACGCUCUCUUCCUCUUCUACUUCGCCACCCGCGACCUGCUCGUCCCCUACAGCCCCAUGCUCAAGUUCUUCAUGGUCAAGUCUGUCAUCUUCCUCUCCUUCUGGCAGGGCAUGCUCCUGGCCAUCCUGGAGAAGUGUGGUGCCAUCCCUCAGAUCAACUCUGCCGAGGUGUCGGUGGGCGAGGGCACGGUUGCUGCUGGUUACCAGAACUUCAUCAUCUGCAUCGAGAUGUUCUUCGCAGCCGUGGCCCUUCGCUACGCCUUCACUUACAAGGUCUACAUGGACAAGAGGCUGGACUCCAAUGGGCGCUGCGCCCCCAUGAAGAGCAUCUCCAGCAGCCUGAAGGAGACCAUGAACCCGGGGGACAUGGUCCAGGACGCCAUCCAUAACUUCUCUCCAGCCUACCAGCAGUACACCCAGCAGUCCACCCUGGAGCAGCGCGGCGGCCCGGCGCUCUCCCGCAGCCACAGCACCCUCAGCACGCGCGGAGACACAGAGAAGACCCUGCUGCUCAGCUCCGACGACGAGUUCUAGAGGGACGCUCGUACACACUCUACCUAAACUCACACACACAGUGGUUGACCCCUGGGGGGUGAAUGGAGAAAGACAGGAUUAAAUUGUUUUACAGAGAGAGGUGUGUGUGUGUGUGUGAGGUCGGGGUAGGGGUCUAAACUGUGGCAGAACUUAAAGAGUGAGAUGUAUUGUAUCGACUCAACAGUGCUGUUUUUAAAUUGUUCUAAAUUUGUUCUUUGGCUGUUCCAUUUCAUUGCAUACACGUGUGGCUGUGUACAGUUCAUUCAAACACUCAUGGAAGGAGUUGAUAUUUACAGUGGAAGUGAUCUGUUACAAAGUAAGGUCACAUUUUAUUGAAAUGAAAACACAUACCUCUGCCAAUAUGGAUCUAAAAACCUGAACACACACGUACACUCAUGUCCCCUCAAGUUAUGCUUAAACACAACUUAUGACUUGCUUUGACGUACACACAUACACAUCCACAUGAGUGCCAUGUUCCGUAUCAUUUACUGUGGUUCAUAGAGAAAACUCCAUUUUGUUUUUAUUGGUCAUGUAUCCUCCACCCUCCUGCCAAGUCUGCCUCUUACUGAAGUGUUGCCAAAUACAUGGAGGUCCCACCUGGGAUGGCGGGACACUUUCUGACUGAAAGAUUUAGAAGUGACUGAAACUAGCAACUCAAAAGGAUCCUUCUUUAGCUGGACCUUCUCUUAUGAUCUAAUGGUACUGUUGUUUUCUUUUAAAUGAUUUAUGCUUGCUUUGAUGUUUGAUGACAUGAUGUUACACCCCUAGAAUGGUCUAAUUAUUCUGUUUGGAUAAGAAUAUUUGAGGAAUAUUAUAUCUGUACAUAUGUUUGAGUGUCUGUCAAUGUGUGUGUUGUUGGGAUUUGUUUAACUAUAGUUGUGGGGUCACUCAGAGUACCUCCAGAAAGAUAUUUUUGUUGACACUGGUGGAGGGAAACGCUCUGGGGGAAAUGCUGGGG